UGAUAAUCUAUUAUUUAGUUUUAUUCAUAGCUUAAAACUAUAUUCAUAAAAUUGUAAGAAAAGUUAUGGUUAAUUUAUACAAAGGUAAUGGGUGGUGUAGUUCCUCCAGGAGAAAGUAAUGAUCAUUUAGUAGACAAUCUUGUUGAAGGAAAUUUUAUUAAAUCCAAAGAAGUUGAAAAUGCAUUUCGAAAAGUUGAUAGAGGAGAUUUUUAUCCAGGUUUAAUAAAAGAUGCAUAUAUUGACUUUGCUUUUAAAGGAGGGAACCUGCACAUGUCUGCAGCUACAAUAUAUUGUGAAGUUAUAGAAAACUUAGAAAUAAAAUCAGGUUUAUCUUUUUUAAAUAUUGGAUCUGGAACAGGCUAUUUGUCAACUGUAGUUGGUGUAAUGUUAGGUCCGAAAGGAAUAAAUCAUGGUGUUGAUAUACACAAAGAUGUAAUUGAGUAUGCAGUUAAUAGAGUGAAUUUAUUUAUGCAAUAUGGUAAAGGUUUUGAUGGUAUUAAUUUUUGUGAACCUGAAUUUGUAUUGGGAAAUGCUUUGUUUUUGGAUAACAAUAGAAAAUAUGAUCGAGUUUAUUGUGGUGCAAGAAUUCAUAGUGAAGCUUCUUUGCAAAAAAUUAAAAGUUUCCUUAAGGAAGAAGGUGUACUCAUUUACCCAUUCCAAGAACAUCUAGUGAAAUCACAGUUAUCAAAUGGUGAGUGGCAACAUAGCUUAAUUUUGCAAGCUCAAUUUACAAAUCUUGAAGAGAAGAGUUUAAAUCAAGCAGUUUUUAAGAUUUAUACACAACCAUCCACUUUGCAAGCAUUAUGUCGAAUUGUAAUUUUGCAAAGCAUAAAAGAAGUUAAACUUGUCGAAUCACUUCCGCUGUCCCGAGUAUUGAUAAGAUACCUCAAAUUUGACCGUGAGUUUCAUUUCUAAUGAAUUUCUUAUAAUAGUUUAUCAAAAUAAAAAUGUUUGAUUUGAAAAUAAUAGUAGAGGUCUAAUUAAAUUUUAUGCUCUUUUUUAAUAUCUUAUGCUUAUUUAUUUUUGUAAAUAAUAUUUAAUUGUGUCCUAAU